GUCGACGAGUUCAGUUCACGCGCUCGGCGAGAGCGAACGCGUUUCUCGGUUUUAUCUUCCGUUCUUCUGUUGUCCCUUGUUGUGUACCAAUCAUCAUUCUCGCAGCACCUUAACACAAGCAAACAACAACAACACCACUCACACACACACUCACGCACGCACACGCGAUUUACUUUUGUACGACGGUUUAGAGCAACAGUAGUAGGCGCGCAGCAGUGCGAAAGGUGUUGUGUAUUGUGAGUGAGUGACGGCGGCGAGAAUCUGUCAAGCUGACACGAAGGAAAGAGCGAGACGGAAGAAAUUGGGGAAAAAAGAGAGUGCGCUGUGUUUGUGUAUGUUUACUGUUUUUCUAUUGGCUGAUUUCUGUCUAUUGUGCAAUUUUUUGCUGAGUUGUUUUCGCUUAGUGUGUGUGUGCGCGACGCUACGUGACACAAACAAUACACAACACAGCUACAGAAGCCGCGCGCAACGUGAGACAACAAAAGUAGUCAAGGUCGAGCGCGGUACCACUGUCGAGUGUUUGUGUUAUUGUUCAUGGGGAAUAAGAUAACAAAGAGAGUACUAGUACUAAAAUCGUUUGAUUCUGGAAACAGGUUACUUUGAUGAAGGAAGAAGCAAAGAUUUUACGUUCUAUUGAGUAGUUUUCGGCGAUUAUUGAAAGGAAAAUCCAAUCCAAGUUGGCGAUUUAAGUUGUGCAAAAGAGCAGAUUUUCUGCUUCAUCCAUUCACCUCGAUUUCGAAUCCUUCAUCUACCUACCACUACAUUGACAAAAACAAAAAAAAUCAUAAGAAAAAAUCCAAGCAACCCAAGAAGGUGAAACUCGUCGUCGUCGUCGGCUGGAGACAAACAUCGGAAAGGUGUUGUGUGUGCAGAGCAAAGCAGAGAAGGUCGUCGCGCGGCUUGCUCCGAUCGGCACUCUCGCGAAGCGAGAGAAAGAGCAAAGAAAGGAAAGGAGAUCGGAAAACACAACAAAAGCCUGCUUCGUCGAAUGUUGUGCAAAUCGCAUAAAUGUGUGAAAGGAAGAAGCUGACCGACCGCACCAGCAGUGGAUUAGCAGCAUAAACGUCGUACGUGUGUUUUGUGUGUCCAGAAAAGCAGAAGUAAACACGCACACUUACCUGUCUGCUGUCUCUCUCGUUUGUUCUCUUUCUGUGGUGAAUGUUUUUGUAAUGAUGAUGAUGAUGAUGCAGUGAGUGUAUUCUCUCCGCUGAAUGUUAUUGCCGAAGAGGAAGGUCCCGUGUGAUUGUAGUGGUAAAAGCCAGCAGUGUCAAUAAACUCUGGUGGAGCGCGUUUGCGCUGGUGAAAAGAAGCAACAGAAAGAGUUGGAUAAAAGUUGGAACCUUGCUUUCCUUCGGGACCACCGACACACCGCCGAAAACGAAAUAUAUCCUUCCAUGCCGACAGACAUGUAGCGCCCAGGGUUGCAUAAUCUCCUGUUAUUAGCACUGAAAUGAAAUCUGCUUCCAUAUUAUUGUCGUAGCCGCAACCGAGUGUGGUAGUGUGAAGAAUAAUUAUUGAAGCAACACCAGCAGGAUGACAUCAACGGAGUCGCGCGGAAACGUCUCGGUGACGACGAUCAACUGCGAGAAUGAAAAUCCGGCGUCCAGCAGCAGUGCGUCCGUGGGGGCGCCCUUGGGGACGGGAUCGGGAGGAGGGAGCAGCAGUAGUAGUAGUAGUAGCAGUAGCAACAGUAGCAGCACCAGCAAUACACCGAAUCCGUCGACCGGUGGUUCCGGAACAAUCUUCGGGAACGUCGGGAUUCGGAUAACCGUGCCAAAAAUGGAAGAAUCCGAUGAGUCUGAUACGGAACUAUCAAACAUUGAAAAGACAGCAAAGGUAAGCAUGAGGGAUGACAGUCGAGCUAGCAAAGGACUGCCGCGGCCAAUGUCCUGGGAGGGUGAACUGUCCGAACCGGAAGCGAUGAUGAUUGAUAACGAAAAUAGUUCUACGGGAGAUAUGAAGCCAGAACCGCUGAUCGUGGUGGCCAAGGAGGAGCCAAGUGGUCCCGGGAUUACAGAACCGUUAGCGUUGACCGCAAAUCACAGCAGUAGCAGUUCUCCGCUGCCAGGACGAGCAAUCAAACCGGAAGUGGGCAUUCCGUUAAUAAGCCACCAUCAUCACAACAGCGUUGCGUCCAGCUACGCCAAUUCCAUUCCAACUAGCAGUAGUAGUAGCAGUAGUAUUAACGCUAAGAAACUCCCGGACGUGAUCAACCUGAAGUACGAACACGAUAACCUACCGGCGGUACACUCUCCGCUGCUGGUCCGCUCCAAGACGACUCUGCUGCCGGCCAACCCCAGUCCGGACUCUGCCAUCCAUUCGGUGUACACGCACAGUUCGCCCAGUCAGUCGCCGCUCACGUCUCGCCAUGCACCGUACACUCCGUCGCUGAGCCGAAACAACAGCGAUGCGUCCCACAGCAGCUGCUACUCGUACAGUUCCGAGUUCAGCCCGACGCACUCGCCCAUCCAGGGACGACACAACAUGUUCGCGGCGGCGGCCGGCGGAUCCUACAACGGGUCCCCGCUGCAUCACUCAGUAUUAUACAAGCCGAUGAUCGACAACGAACAGGCGCUGAAGCUGGCCGGCCAGGAGGAACCGAUCUUCGACAGCGAACAUCUACCGUCCCCGGGAAUCUCCCGACAGCAGCUGAUCAACAGUCCCUGCCCUAUCUGCGGCGACAAGAUCUCCGGCUUUCACUACGGCAUCUUCUCGUGCGAGUCGUGCAAAGGCUUCUUCAAGCGGACGGUCCAGAACAGGAAGAACUACGUGUGCCUUAGGGGGGCGUCCUGCCCGGUCACGAUCGCCACCCGGAAAAAGUGUCCCGCCUGUCGAUUCGAGAAGUGCCUUCAGAAGGGGAUGAAGCUGGAAGCUAUUCGCGAGGAUCGCACCCGCGGUGGUCGAUCGACGUAUCAGUGCUCGUACACGCUGCCUGGUACGAUCCUGAGCCCGUCCCUGUCCGGCGAGGGCAACAACUUCCCGUACUCGAACAGCCACGGCCAGCGCGGUCAGUACCCGCCGGGCAUUUCCGGGCUGGUCAUCAGCCAGCAACAGAUGAAACUCGAGUGCCAGCAGGACAUCAACAGCAACUCGAGUCCUGGCGGUGGGUCGAACGGCGUGCGACCGGGCGUUCCACAGCUGCUGCAGGUGAGUUUUUUUACAGGCCGGCAGCGCAAAUUAGAGGCUGACGAUCGCUAUCGUUCGCAGGAAAUCAUGGACGUGGAACACCUGUGGCAGUACAACGCCGCCGAGCUGGCACGGCUGAAUCAGCCUGCACCGCCGGUGGAUCGCGCCGCGAUCGCAGCGAACCCGCUGCUCUCCAGUGCCGGCAUCUCGAGCGAAAGCAGCCCCGAUCUGAUCGCGAACCUGUGCAACAUUGCCGACCACCGGCUGUACAAGAUCGUCAAGUGGUGCAAGAGUCUGCCACUGUUUAAGAACAUUUCGAUCGACGACCAGAUCUGCCUGCUGAUCAACUCGUGGUGUGAGUUGCUGCUGUUUUCGUGUUGCUUCCGAUCGAUGGCGACUCCCGGAGAGAUUAAGAUCUCGCUCGGCAAGUCGAUCACGUUGGAACAGGCCAAGCACAGCGGGCUACAGACCUGCAUCGAACGAAUGCUCAAUCUGACCGAUCACCUGCGGCGACUGCGCGUCGAUCGGUACGAGUACGUCGCCAUGAAGGUGAUCGUGCUGCUGUCGUCGGACACGUCGGAGCUCAAGGAGUCGGAGAAGGUACGGGCCAGCCAGGAGAAGGCCUUGCAAGCGCUGCAGGCGUACACGUUGGCCCACUAUCCGGAGACGCCGGCCAAGUUUGGCGAGCUGCUGCUCCGGAUUCCGGAACUGCAGCGCACCUGUCAGCUCUCGUUUCAGGUGGGCAAGGAAAUGCUGACGAUCAAACCCAAGGACGGCGAGGAGCCGUCCUUUAACCUGCUGAUGGAACUGCUCCGUGGCGAGCACUAAGCAGAACUUAACAAGCGCCAAGUAAAAACAAAAAACAGACGAUCGUGCCUCAACAAUUCUAGUGUUUAGACAAGUGUGUGUGGUCCCAGCGCAGCGGUUGGAACCAAGAGUCUGGGACUGAUCAUAGUAGGCGCGGGAACGCCUAACAUCACUCUUCGCUCUCUGUCUCUGUCUGUUUUCCGCUAUCUUCGUUCCGGUUUUUGUUUCGUCGUCCCGAUCAACACGCCCGGCUGUCGUCAUCGCAGCAGAAAAAAAAAUACACUGAGAGAAAAAAAAAACAACCCGAAAUCAAAAGUAACUCUUUCUAGAAAUUGUGAUUUUUACUCUAGACUUGAUAAGUAGAGCGAGUUUAUUUUAUUCUUUUUUUGUAGUUUUAAUCAGAUAUUUAACACAGAUUUUUAUUUUCUCCCUGCGAUUUUUACAUUUGUCUGUUGUAAGAAAGUUUAUUUAACUACUCGUAGUGUAACCUUUGUUUUAUUAAAAUGAAGAUCGUUCAAAACGUACCCCAUGAAGCGCGCAGGCUGAGUCCUGCGGUGGAUCCCUUUUCCCAGAAGAGUUGAUUUUCGUUUUUUAAACCGAUCGAUGAUUGCAAGUACCAACUAAGUUUCCUUAUAGCAGUUUAAGCUCAAGAGCUCAUCGUAAGUUAAUCGUACCGAGUAAUCGCAAGACGAAUAGUGUUGACUCUAUUCGGUAGCAAUAGAAGUUUUCUUACUUUUUAAACCUUACUCGUAAGUGGAUAAGUUUUUUUUAUUAAACUAGACAAAAAUAGCAUUGUAUUGUUGAUUGAUACAAGUCCUUUUUGUUAAGCAGCGCUUUUAAUCGAAAUUGUUUAAGUUUUCUAUCGACUUCCAGUCGACACUGCGAUACAUUCGUGGAAUGUACUCACCGGAGGCGAUUUGAGAACAAGUAGCAAGAGGUAAAUAUUCUAUUGAAAAUCUAUAAAAUAAACUGAGAUAGAGUCGUUUUUAAGGUUUAGAGCUAAGAACAACCGUGUCAUCGCAAGAUCUUCAGAACGUAAACGUAAAUCGAAAAACAGGUGUCAAGGCACGUAACAGCAAAAAAGGUUUCCAAGUUUUUGUAAGGUCCAGAUAUUCCAGGCGAUUCCCUCGAGCCGCUCCUGAUCGAUAUAACGCGAUUAUAUCGAAUCGGAGCGAAAUUGGGAAUCGUUUAUAAAUAUAUUUUACGUGUCAAUUGACAGCACGAGAGACGGAAAAAGUGUGCCUUUUUCUGAUAACAGCAAACCAGACAGAAGAAAACAUUACAGUUUUGGACUAGAAUAAGACUAUUUUUUGUAUAGAGAGAGUAGAGGAAACAAUUUAUCGAAACCGAGAACAACAACAACCGUAAACAGGAAACACACGUCGUAGAAGUGAAGAAAGCCGAAUAUGUAAAACAACUAGUAAGCAUAAAUGACUGAACUUUUUAGUCUAGUGUUAGUUAAACAAACAAAAAACGUGAACAAGCAGAAAUACACAUACACACAAAAAAGAGAGAAAACAAAAAAUCUUAUAUACGUCGUGCGUCUUCGUCGUGUAGUCUAAACCUUUUUGAAACGUGUUUUUUGACAUCCGUAAUGAAAUAAAAAAAAAUUCUUUGAUAGCUGCAAUAUAUACAAAACCCCCAGACAAACGUGGAGUAAUCGGAAGUAGCAAAACAGGAGAAAAAAAUUCCUUAUAUUGUAUGUGGAGUGCAAUAAUAUUUUUUUAAACCAGCAAAUCGUGUGUAGCUUCCAAAAGAAUCGAAAACUACGCGCAGGUAAAUUUAUGGAGGGCAUUUCUAGCUUUCACGAGAAUAAAAGUUUACAACAGCAAGAUUUCCGAGAGAUUGAGACGUUUUUUUAUUUUUUUGCGUAAUUUAUAGAGAGAGUUUACAGUUCGUUUUUGUUUCAGUGUAAAUAUCGUUUCAGAGCAGCCUUUCAAAACGAAUUAAGUUUUUCUUUUUCUCCAAGAAAUGAGAAAUUUGUGAUGAACUAAGUGUAAAACGUAAAUAAAAAAUCUCUAGUGUAAAGUAUCGAUGCAACCCAGAGCAGAAACAUUUAGCAAAAUAUACAGCUACUUAAAGCAAACAAUCGGCAAAACGAAACUGAAUCGAUGAAAAAUUGCAGUAUUUUUAGGAACGUACUUUUUACUCAAACAAAACCCCCUCUCCCUGUUGAAACUCUGCGCAUUGUUUAUCGUUUUUUUUUACAUCUGUUGCAAGUACAUUGCAGAAUUUUAAAAAAAAUCAAAACAAGUUGACGGCAACAACAUUUCAGUAGUAGUUUAAAUACAUUCACGAAAAACGGAGUGAAAAAAAUCCACACACUCACACACACAUACUGUACUUAAACGAAUUUUUAGGUUUAUUAUUUUGUCUCGGAACGUAACUUUUCCUACCCUUAGCAAGAACA